AGGCAGGGGGGCGGUGCCAGGCUCGGGGCGGCCUCGGCGAUGGCGGCCGGGCGGCGGGCGCUCUCUCCUUAGGCAGCCGCCUUGCCGCCGCAGGAUGGCGUCGCUCGGGCCGACCGCUGCGGGCGAGCAGGGCGCGGGCGCGGAGGCGGAGGCGGGCGCCGCGGGGCCGCCGUCGCCGUCCUCCCUGGGGCCCCUGCUGCCGCUGCCGCGCGAGCCGCUCUACAACUGGCAGGCCACCAAGGCGUCGCUGAAGGAGCGCUUCGCCUUCCUCUUCAACUCGGAGCUGCUGAGCGAUGUGCGCUUCGUGCUGGGCAAGGGCCGCGGCGCCGCCGCCGCCGCCGGGGGCCCGCAGCGCAUCCCCGCGCACCGCUUCGUGCUGGCGGCCGGCAGCGCUGUUUUCGACGCCAUGUUCAACGGCGGCAUGGCCACCACGUCGGCCGAGAUCGAGCUGCCCGACGUGGAGCCCGCCGCCUUCCUGGCGCUGCUGAGAUUUCUAUAUUCAGAUGAAGUUCAGAUCGGCCCAGAAACAGUGAUGACCACUCUUUAUACUGCUAAGAAGUAUGCAGUCCCAGCCUUGGAAGCACAUUGUGUGGAAUUUCUCACGAAACAUCUUAGGGCAGAUAAUGCCUUUAUGUUACUCACUCAGGCUCGAUUAUUUGAUGAACCUCAGCUUGCCAGCCUUUGUCUAGACACAAUAGACAAAAGCACGAUGGAUGCAAUAAGUGCAGAAGGGUUUACUGACAUUGAUAUAGACACACUCUGUGCAGUUCUAGAAAGAGACACACUUAGUAUUAGAGAAAGUCGACUUUUUGGAGCUGUGGUACGAUGGGCAGAAGCGGAAUGUCAAAGACAACAAUUGCCGGUGACUUUUGGAAACAAACAGAAAGUUCUAGGAAAAGCACUGUCCUUGAUCCGGUUCCCACUGAUGACCAUAGAGGAGUUUGCAGCAGGUCCUGCUCAGUCUGGAAUUCUGUCCGACCGUGAAGUGGUAAAUCUCUUUCUUCAUUUUACUGUCAAUCCUAAACCCCGAGUUGAAUAUAUCGAUCGGCCGAGGUGCUGCCUCAGAGGGAAGGAGUGCUGCAUCAACAGGUUCCAGCAGGUGGAGAGCCGCUGGGGCUACAGUGGCACCAGCGACCGCAUCAGGUUCACAGUUAAUCGAAGAAUCUCUAUAGUUGGAUUUGGUUUAUAUGGAUCUAUUCACGGUCCCACGGAUUAUCAAGUGAAUAUACAGAUCAUUGAAUAUGAGAAAAAACAAACCCUGGGACAGAAUGACACUGGAUUUAGCUGUGACGGGACUGCUAACACCUUCAGGGUCAUGUUCAAGGAGCCCAUAGAGGUCCUGCCCAGCGUGUGCUACACCGCGUGUGCGACACUCAAGGGUCCAGAUUCCCACUACGGCACAAAAGGACUGAAGAAAGUAGUUCAUGAAACACCCACUGCUAGCAAGACUGUCUUUUUCUUUUUCAGUUCCCCUGGCAAUAAUAAUGGCACUUCAAUAGAAGAUGGACAAAUACCAGAAAUAAUAUUUUAUACAUAAUGUAGCAUUAUCACACAUCUUGCCUAAAUAGAACCAUACAGUCUAGUCUCAAAGGCAUAAAAAACUGGCCACAAAAAGGAGUCUGAGUGUUAUGAAUAUUUAUAAUUGUAAGAUAAGAAACAUUUUAGUUUCUUAGAGGAGAUAGAAAAACAUUGAUUUAAAUCUCUGCAUGAUUUAAAGGCAGAUUUCCGUUUUCUUAUAACCUUAGGGAAAAAGAGAACUGGGUUUAAUUAUUAAAAAAACCUGCAGCUAUUUCAGCUUUAUCUUGUAUAAUUUCAUAGAUCAGCUGACUCAUGGUCUUUCAACAGUUUUAUAAUUGAAAGAUUCUUGUUAUAUAUAAAGUAGUUGUUAGUAGUAGUUUUUGUUUUUGUUUUAACUAUUUUGAAGGUUAGAUGAGAUGGGUAUAUAGGCUUAGCUAUUUUGAAGGUUACUUGAGAUACCAGAUGCGUCAGUUUUCCUACAGAAUUAACUCAUUUCAGAAAAUUAAGAAAACUGACUUUAUAUUUGGAGUUUUGAAAUAUCUGUUGGAAUAUUGCUAGAAAUAGGCCUAAUCAAUGCCCAAGAAGCUUUUCAGUGCAUUUACAGAAAAGGCUAUUUUGUAAUAGUAUAGUCCUCUGUUACAUAGUACAGUUUUAAACUAUAAACGGCGUUUGUACAAAUUCACAAUAAUGGGAUAUAAACCAAUCUAAAGGUAUGGUCUCAGACUGCAUCCUUCUCAUCCCACUGCACCACUGUCCCUGGCUGUCCGCAUGGGGGAUGCUGCCGAGAACUCCCGAGACUGAGAUGAGGAUGGUGACGAUGAUGGUGACUGGCAGACAUCAGUUCAUGGUGGUGAUAAUCUCACACAGCAGAAAAUGAAAUGAAAUAUUAACAUUUCUAACAACUACUUUGAAAUUUUAAAGAUAGCCAACAAAAUCACUCGUGCUGAAAAGUAUACAUUCUGUCACCUACACAGUUCUAUCCAAGAAGUAAAGUCUGUGUAAUGUUCAUGACCUCACUGUCGUCCGCAGCUACAGCUGUAUUAGGAGGGGGUAGGAAGGGCAUCUGGCAGAAUGACAUUUAUACACUUUUUUGUAAAGCAAAAUUUUUAUAUAAAUAACAUUCUUUUUUUCCCUUGAAAGUGAUUAUCUUAUAAAAAACUUAGAUGUAAUUAAGUUUAAGGUAUAUCAAAUAGUUGUGGAAGAUGGUUAAAAAUCACAAUUCUUUGAAGUGUCAAGAUUCUUUUCUAAAUAAUGCUAUUUAGGAUAUAAAAAUUCUUCAUCUAAAGUAGUAUUUCAUUUUAUAUUUUCAAGAAGGUAGCGACGUGUGUUGGUGGCAGAGGUCUCUUCAUAUUGCUGAAGAAAAGGGAAAUUUUCCUAUUUCUGGUAACAUGACCUUGGGCGUAUAAAUCUCAGUUAACUGGAAUAUCUAUGGAAUGUGUGGUUCUGGUUAACUAAAGAUUAACCAGCAGAUAUUCUGUAGUAACCAUUAUGGGGUAGAAAAUACUUCUGCCUUAAACAGUAUGGUAUGCCAGAGACAAGUUGGUCUUUCGAUGUUUGAGGCGUUUCAGAGGCUUCGAGUGCGUUGCACUGAACGAUUGUAAUUGAAGGCAGCCAUAGCAGGCGCAACAGGACUGUUCACUGAUACGGGACAUCCCCUGGAAUUUUUAAAAAAUAAAUGUCUAUUAUCCUUUUA